AUGCCUGUGCAAGGGAUUCGGACAGUGACUUCCGCCAAGAACGGCGUCGGCGCCUUCAUUCUACAAUGCAAGCGUCUGGAUUUCCACUACUGCGACUGGGCAGGUAGCUCACGGGGGAUGGUGAGCUUUCUGAAAAACAAGCUUCCCGCCUUCGCCAAAGCACACCCUCAGAUCGAGAUCCGAGUAUCCCCCCGACCGCACAAGCACCCCAUGGUCAAGGGCCACUAUAUCAACGGCCGCGAGAAGGUCGUCUGCUUGCGCAACCUCGAGCCCGAGCAAAUAUUCAACAAGACCGUCGCGUUGAAGGAAGCCAGCGGCGAGAAGCUGAAGCGCACCAACAAGCCCGUGACGAGUAUCAACGACAGCGUGCGAGGCAUCUGGUCCCCGUACCACGGCGACCUCAGGAGAGUGUAA